AUGUAUCAGGGCUUCCCCGGAGACUACGACUCCGCCUCGCGGUGCAGCUCGUCCCCGUCGGCCGAGUCCCAGUACCUCUCCUCGGUGGAUUCUUUCGGGAGCCCCACGGCCGCCGGCGCCGCCUCCUCGCAGGAGUGCAGCGGCCUUGGGGAAAUGCCUGGAUCCUUUGUGCCAACAGUGACUGCCAUAUCGACAAGCCAAGACCUCCAGUGGCUGGUACAGCCGACCCUGAUCUCCUCCAUGGCUCAAUCUCAGCAGCCUCAAGGCCAGCAAAUGCCGCCGCCGCCGCAGCAACCCCCGCUGCCGCCUCCGGUGGACCCCUAUGACCUGCCUGGAACCAGUUAUUCCACUCCAGGCCUGAGUGCCUAUGCUGGCGGGCCUUCUGCUGCCCCGGUAGCUGCCCCCCCACAACGUUCCACUAGGGCCCGGCCCCGAAGGACGCGUGAGGAAACGCUAACACCAGAGGAAGAAGAAAAACGGCGUGUCCGCCGGGAGAGGAACAAGCUGGCGGCAGCUAAAUGCCGGAAUCGCCGCAGAGAACUGACAGAUCGGCUGCAGGCAGAGACAGACCAGCUGGAGGAAGAGAAAGCCGAGCUGGAGUCCGAGAUAGCGGAACUGCAGAAGGAAAGAGAGCGGCUGGAAUUCGUCCUCGUAGCUCACAAACCCAGCUGCAAAAUUCCAUACGAGGACAUCCCCGAGCUGAGUGGCCAGCCCAGCACCUCAACUGAGGUGAGCUCUUUGGCUAUGCCAGUAAAAGAGGACCCCUUCGGGCCGACGGCCUACUCAUCUGUGCCUCUCCACUACCAGCAGAGCCUCGGUGGAGUCCAAGCCCUUGGGCCAGCGGAGGUAGCGUUUUCUAGUUCUUACUUUACACAUGGUGAACAGGUGACCGACCCGUACCCGGCUAACCCUUCAUAUACAUCUUCGUUUGUCUUCACCUACCCAGAGGGAGCCUCCUGCGGAGCCACCCACCAGCGGAACAGCAGCAGCGACUACUCCUCAGACUCCCUGAACUCUCCCUCGCUCCUUGCUUUGUGAAACCCCAAAACCAAACGCGAAUCACGCACGCUCUCUGACUAAUAAACCCACGUGUGCAAACUUGUCUGUGACCAGGGGUGGGGAGAUGUGGAACCCCCCACCCUCUCAGCCCAACCUGCAUCUUGGAGCAUCAAAUACAACACCAAAAAAAACCCACCACAAAAUCUAACAACCAUCUGCCAACAUCUGCAACGCUGCCACUGCGGCCUUUCUGGCUGCGAGACGUUUUGUUGUUGAACUUUCGGGGCAUGGCGCACAGUGGAGGGCUUGCUGAGGAUUGUCCGUUUUUAAAUUUCCGCCAUUUGGGCUUUGCAAUUUUCAGACCAGGAGGAACAAGGACACGUUUUGGAGUACAAGUUGGAUUCUGCACCUUGGAGAAUACUGAGCCUUGCUUGAUCUCUGGGACCUCGGAGGGCCAUGUAGGGGGGACAGAUCUUGUCUUUUCCUGAAAGGGGGCCUCUGGUUGAUUCAUGGGGCCGGUGAUAUUUCCCUGUUUCUUGCUACGUUUGUAAGAAAUCGAGCAAAGGAAGUGUCUUGUCAGCCAGGAAAAUGAGGACGAAUGGGCUGCCCUUCUCUUUCCCCCCCCCCACUGCCCCAAUACAAGACUUGCCCGGUGAAUUCCAUGCCAGUUAAAGACAACCACUUUCGCCUUUUGUCUGCUUACCAAGGAGACAUCCCAGCUUAAUCUGGGUCCGGUUAGAAGGAGCCUGCUUAAGGGAGUUGUCUCCACCCUGAGCUACAGAAAGGGCUGUAGAAACUAACGGGCACGUUUCUGCCCAAAUCUGAUAAACCUACCGAGUCCAAGAAAGUCCUUUAAAGGUGUAGAUCCUAACCGUGCUCCUUGCGGCUUGGCCUUAUGCGUGUUUACUUGGAAUACUGUCGCCUUUAGUGGGAUUUGUUCCUUAAUAGGCGCUUGCCCAUAAUCUCUGGGAGGGUUGAAAUUAAUUCAACUGCCUUAUUUUUUAAAAAAAAUUAUUCUUGUUUACAAAGUUCCCAAUUAUGUGAUCAGUCCACUUUUUCACCCCCAAAAAUUGAAACACAGCAGAGGAGAAAAAGCUCCCUGUCUGCGGGAAAGGGUGGGUUUGUUCCUGCUGCAGGCAGGAUAGGGAUCCUCAUUCGACUCAGUGGGUGUGGCCACAUGGCACCCUGCUUUUCCAUUAUGGGAUGGCUUCCCAGCGCUGGGUCUCCUCCUCCUCCUCCUCCGCUCCGUCCCUGGAAUGACUCCUCUUCCUGUCUGGGCACCCCCUUGCUCGGUUUCGUCUGCAAUGAGGCCCCUCAGAGACUGGCUUGGCUGGGGGCGGGCGGGCGGGCGUGGCGAUAUACUGUGAAUGGACCUCCUUCCUGUACAGACUCUGCUCUUGACAUUCUGCCCCUUGCUAGCCUCUCUGCUCUCCGUGUUUGUGACUUGCUCCCAUCCUUCCUUGCCCUGGUGGCAGCCCCCUCGUCCCAUGGUGGCCUUAACUGGCCUUUCACAGAGCAGCCCACAUAGGGCUGCACCGUUUUUCCUUUCCAGACCGGCAACCUUAAGGGCGAGACCCCUUUGGUACCUUGUGGCCUCCCCUGUCUCCUUCCAGCAAACCCCCCCCUCGGGCCUCAGGCUUCACAGCUGGCCUCCCCGCUCCUGCCCCACCUUCCUGUAUCCUGCUCUGUCCUGGAUGCUCCUUUAACCGCCCCCCCCCCCAAGCAUCCUGCCAUGCAAAGUAUUUGCUCUGUGAAAAGUGCCAUGGUCUGGUCUCUCCCGCCCUUAGCCCAGAGACCUGCAUAGUUGAACAUCCAGAUACUGCUGUGUGCACCUGCAUGCACACCCCCAGUCCCUGCUGCCCACUUUCCAUCCCAGGAGGCUCUCUCUGCUUCUGCUUCCUGUUCCGUUUGCAGCUACUGUGUUAUCUUCUGCGUGUUCUUGCGCCACGGCUGCCUAAUGCUUAGCAUUCCCAAUGCCUCUUGCUGACCCAUCGCCCAAGUGUGUUUAUGGACUGGGGACGCUGCUAUGUUGCUUUUCGGAUCUCUAGAGCACGCCAUGAUGCUAUACAGAAUGUUUCCAGAACUCUUCUUGUGACCAAGCUUUUUUGAUGUUUUUGUUUUUUAAUUUUUUUAAACUAUAGAGUUUUAUUUUAACUGGCGUUUUAUUUUUUAAUUUUGCUUAUUAUGCACUUGCUGGGGAUGGGGGAGUAUUUUUAAUUUUUUAUUAUUAUUAUUGUUAUUAUUAUUCCCCCUUCCCCCCCCGUGUUGUAAUUUUUUUGUGACGUGUUUUAUUGACCAAUGAGGGCCAGCAGAGGGUAGCGUGGGGAGACACGUUGGACUCUGCCACGGCCCGCCUGUCCUGCCCUUAACUGGUUAGCAAAAUGGCAAAUAAAGUCCGCUUUGAAAAAUGCA